AUGCCGGAACCACAUCAUCAACAAAACUUCACACAAAAGCAACUCGGCCUGCCCCCCAGCCCGCCCGCCACCGACAAGGACCCCGGCUCCCGCACGGAGAGCGUGACGGACUUCCAGAUAGGGGAAUCCACAUCCACAACCACCACCCCGGAGCCCGAGUACCACCGACCAUACCCCCUCCCCCCCGAAUCAAGACCCAGCCAGCGCGUGCUCCCCGAGGACCUCAGGACCCCGGACAAGCAUGUGGCCCGGGACCCGCGCCUGCUGCGGCUCACGGGGGUGCACCCCUUCAACGUGGAGCCGCCGCUGACGGAGCUGUGGGAGGAGGGGUUCAUCACGACCAAGGACCUGCACUACGUGCGGAACCACGGCGCCGUGCCCCUCGUGCACGACGAGGACAUCUUGGACUGGUCCUUCACCGUCGAAGGGCUGGUGGAGAACCCGCUGUCCCUGACGCUGCGGGAGCUGCUGGCGGGCUUCGAGCAGCUCACGUACCCCAUCACGCUCGUGUGCGCGGGGAACCGCCGCAAGGAGCAGAACGUGGUGCGCAAGACAAAGGGGUUCUCGUGGGGCGCCGCGGGCGUGUCGACGGCGCUGUGGACCGGCGUGGCGCUGGACGUGCUCCUGGCGCGGGCGAGGCCGAUCCUCCGCGGGGCGGGCGGCAAGAGGGCGCGCUACGUGUGCUUCGAGGGCGCCGACAGGCUGCCCAACGGGUACUACGGCACGAGCAUCAAGCUCAACUGGGCCAUGGACCCGAACCGCGGGGUCAUGGUCGCGCACGGCAUGAACGGCGAGGUGCUCCCCCCGGACCACGGCAAGCCCCUCCGGGUCGUGAUCCCGGGCCAGAUCGGCGGGCGCAGCGUCAAGUGGCUCAAGCGGAUAAUCGUCACCGAGCACCCCAGCGACAACUGGUACCACAUCUACGACAACAGGGUGCUCCCGACCACGAUCAGCCCGGAGGAGAGCGCGGACCUGCCCGAGACCUGGAGGGACGAGAGGUACGCCAUCUACGACCUCAACACCAACAGCGCCGUGGCGAGGCCCGCGCACAACGAGCGGGUCGUCGUCGACAGGGCAGCAUCAAAGACGUUCAGGUUCCAGGGGUACGCGUACGCCGGCGGCGGGAGGAGGGUCACGCGCGUCGAGCUGACCCUCGACCGGGGCCGGUCGUGGCGCCUCGCGGACGUGUCGUACCCGGAGGACGAGUACCGGCUCGCGCCCGAGGGGGAGACGCUGUUCGGCGGGCGGCUGGACGUCGGGUGGCGCGAGUCGUGCUUCUGCUGGUGCUUCUGGUCGCUGGACAUGCCCCUCGCGGACCUGGACCUGGACCUGGACCUGGGCGGGGGCGACGUCGUGGUGCGCGCCAUGGACGACGCCAUGAUGGUGCAGCCGCGGGACCUGUACUGGAGCGUGCUGGGCAUGAUGAACAACCCGUGGUUCCGGGUGGUUGUGCACCGCGAGGAGGGCGCGCUGCGGUUCGAGCACCCGACGCAGCCGAUCCUGAACGCUGACGGGUGGAUGGACCGGGUCAAGAAGGAGGGCGGGGACCUUUCCAACGGGUACUGGGGCGAGAAGGCACCGGGCGAGGAGGGGAGGGCCGCGGCGGUGGUGGAGCCAGCCAAGGAGAUUUCCUUGGUGAACAAGGAUGUCAAGAGGGAGAUCAGCCUGGAAGAGCUGAAGGAGCACGAGGGUGAGGAGGAGCCCUGGUUUGUGCUGGACGGCGAGGUGUACGACGGGACAAGGUUCCUCGAGGGCCACCCGGGAGGUGCAGCUUCCAUCAUCGGUGCAGCAGGGCAGGACGUGAUCGAGGAGUUCAUGGCGAUCCACAGCGAGAACGCAAAGGCAAUGAUGCCAUCCUACCACAUCGGCACCCUAUCCGCAACAUCAAGAAAGACCCUCGCAGCAGGCAACGCAGCAGAAGCCACCGCAGAGGAAGAACCCCGCCCCGCGUUCCUCCACCCCAAGCAAUGGAGGAAGGCCCGGAUGACGGCCAAGACCCCCAUCAGCGCCGACACCAAGAUCUUCACCUUCACCCUCGAGCACCCGUCGCAGUCCGUGGGCCUCCCGACGGGCCAGCACCUGAUGGUGCGGCUGCGCGACCCCGCGACGCGCGAGGCCAUCAUCCGCGCCUACACGCCCCUGUCGGACGCCUGGUCCGAGAAGGGGAGGCUGGACGUGCUGGUCAAGAUCUACCGCAAGACGGCCGCCCUCCCCGGCGGGCUCAUGACGCAGGCGCUCGACUCGAUCCCCACGGGCCACUGGGUCGAGUUCAAGGGCCCCGUGGGCAGGUACGAGUACCUCGGCCGGGGGCGGUUCGCCGUCGGCGGCGGCAAGGUGAGGCAGGUCAGGCGGUUCGUGAUGGUCUGCGCUGGGAGCGGGGUGACGCCCAUCUUUGCCGUGCUGAGGGGGGUGAUGAGGGACGAGGCGGGCGGCGAGACGCCGCGGUGCCUCGUGCUGGACGGGAACCGCACCGAGGGGGACAUCCUGUGCCGCGCGGAGAUGGACGCGCUCGCGGCCGGGAGGGGGGAGAGGUGCAGGAUCGUGCACACCCUGAGCAACCCCGGCGACGGCUGGACCGGCGGGAGGGGCUUCAUGGACGCGCAGCUUUUCGAGAAGGAGGCCGGCCCGCCGAGCGAGGCGCGGGAUGAGAUGGUGUUGGUGUGUGGGCCGCCCGGGCUGGAGAAGAGCGUGAGGGAGAAUUUCACAAGGAUGGGGUGGAGCGAAGAGGACUUGGCUUUCUUCUGA